UUAGCUUUGAAACAUCGACAAGGAAGAAAUCACAGAAUGAGAAUAGUUAUAUUUGUUGGAAGCCCAAUUGAAGAAGAAGAUAAAGACCUGGUAAAACUUUCAAAGAAACUAAAGAAAGAGAAAGUCAAUGUGGAUGUUGUUAAUUUUGGUGAAGAUGCAUUGCGUAUAUCAAUGGAGGAACAAAGACAAAGACAAGAUGAAGAUACUCGUAAAGUUCCUGAGUCUGCUGAGCCCUCUACUGAAGAACAGAAACCAGUUAAGGCACCAGGUGAUAGUGAGGAAGCAUUAUUAGAACAAGCUAUUGCCAUGUCGAUGCAGCAACCACCAUCAGAGGUUGCAGAAAGUGUUCCAGAAACCCCAGCACCAGACUUUUCAUCGAUGUCAGAGGAAGAACAAAUUGCAUAUGCCAUGCAGAUGUCUUUACAACACCAAAUGAGUGAUAUGUCUGAUUUAGCCAAUCCAUUGAGUGCUGAUUCACCUAUGGAUACAUCAGAAGCAACUGAGCAACCAGAUCCCGAUGAUGACUACAGUGAAGUGAUGUCAGAUCCAGCGUUUUUACAAAGUGUUUUAGAAAAUCUUCCCGGUGUGGAUCCUUCUAGUGAAGCUAUUAGAAAUGCCAUGGGUACUUUAACGCAACAACAGAAAUCUGAAGAUAAGGAAAAGAAAAAAGAAGACAAAGAUAAGAAAUAACCAUCAACUGGCACAUUAAUUUACCAAAGUAUCAAUUUAGUGCAGUUGGAAUCAAAAAUAAAUAUUAGAACACUUGUUUGAUACAAUAUAGUGCAUUCAUAAUAGUGAUGUAAAAAUGCUUUAAUGAAGAUAGUUGAAUAAAUAGUGAUGUGGCUUUGUAAUGAAAUGUGUCUUUAUGUCAAUAAAUUUCUCGACAAAUCAA